AUGGAAAACAGCACUUUUGGUAAAGAUAUCCUGAUCCUAGAGGGGUUCAAUCUCCCCUCCCAGUCUUAUAUUCCUUCCUUCAUCCUUCUCCUAAUCGUAUACUUCUUCAUCAUGGUGUCCAACAUCGGCCUGGUGGUGCUGAUCUUAAGGAGCAGCGGCCUCCACCAGCCCAUGUACCUCCUGCUGUGCAACAUGAGCAUCAACGAUGUGUUCGGGGCCACCAUCAUCAUCCCUCAUGUUCUGCGGGACCUCCUGACGCCGGACUCGCAGCGGGUUAUCCGGUACAUGGACUGCGUCGUCCAGGCUUUCUGCGUCCACCUCCACGCCAGCGCCUCUCACACCGUGCUCAUGAUCAUGGCGUUCGAUCGCUACGUGGCCAUCUGCAACCCUCUGCGCUACGCCACCAUCAUGACCCACAGGAUGGUGCUGGUUCUGUCCGUGUGGGCGUGGGUGAUCCCCCUCCUCUUGGUGGGGAUCCUCAUCGGCCUCAGUGUGCGUCUGUCUCGCUGCAGGUGGAUUAUUGUCCAUUUCUUCUGCGAUAACGCCUCCUUGUUCAAGCUGUCCUGUGAGAGCGUGCUCAUCAACAACAUCUACGGCCUCGGAUACACCGUGGUCCUGCUGGGCUCGUCCAUCGGCAGCGUCACGCUUACCUACCUGAGGAUCGCCAUGGUGUGUCUGCGCAGUAAGAACAAGACUCUGAACAGAAAAGCGCUGCAGACCUGCGCCACUCACCUGGCCGUCUACGCCAUCCUGCUGGUGUCCGGCUUUAUCAUCGUCAUUCUGCACCGCUUCCCUCAGCUGGCGGCCCACAGGAAGGUGGCGUCCGUCAUGGGACACGUGGUGCUGCCCGCCCUGAACGCUCUGAUCUACGGCCUGCAGAUCAAAGAGGUCCGGCAGAGGGUUAUGGCUCUGUUUCAUAAGAGUAAAGUCGCUUCAAUGGAUGCUAAAUGA